AUGUCGAUUAACACCUUUUCGUUUUCGGCUUCCACAGCAGAUAAGGACAAGAUCACACGAGAUUCGUCGUCUAGGAUCUUUACUAUUUUUAACUAUGCGCCACAACUAAACGCGUGGAAGCGCAGCACGGGUCUGCCACCUUGGCUAGACUUACCACCAAAAGAAACAGUACACCAAGGCCUCCCAGUGCCCAGGCAGCUACCAGCUUUUGCAUCAAUAGCAGCGGCGGUGGAGCGCACCCCAGAGACUCAUCUUUGCGUGAACAAUAUUGAUUCGAUGCAAGAUGCUCAUGCUCAUAAAAAAAAGUAUUGUCACUGUGCUCGACUGGUCGCGCAAUUUUCGCCCUAUGUGGUGGUCUGGCAGGGGCAUAUGUUGGGUUUUGUCUGCAGACAAAAUACAUGGAAGAACGUCGGGUCAACGCGUUAG